GGCAGGGGGGCUACUUGGCUGGCGGCACGCGGGGGCGGCUGGGUGGGGAGGUACGCGGCUCGUUGGCUCGCUCCGGACAGGGGGUGUCGGACCGGCUGCAAGCAUGGGUGACCAAGCGCUCGGCUUCCUUAAGGACUUUUUGGCUGGUGGGAUCGCUGCCGCUAUCUCCAAGACUGCUGUCGCCCCCAUCGAGAGAGUGAAGCUGUUGCUACAGGUCCAGCAUGCCAGCAAACAAAUCACGGCGGAUAAGCAGUACAAGGGCAUCGUGGACUGCAUAGUCCGCAUCCCUAAGGAGCAGGGCAUUGUCUCUUUCUGGAGAGGCAACCUGGCCAAUGUCAUCCGGUACUUCCCCACCCAAGCCCUCAACUUCGCCUUCAAGGACAAGUACAAGCAGAUCUUCCUGGGGGGAGUUGACAGGCACAAGCAGUUCUGGCGCUACUUUGCGGGGAACCUGGCAUCUGGGGGUGCUGCAGGAGCUACCUCCCUCUGCUUCGUCUACCCCCUGGAUUUUGCCAGGACCCGGCUGGCAGCUGAUGUGGGCAAAGGAGCCGCUGAGAGGGAAUUCUCAGGGCUGGGCGACUGUAUCGUCAAGAUCUUCAAGUCUGAUGGUUUGAGGGGCCUGUACCAAGGAUUCAGUGUGUCUGUUCAGGGCAUCAUCAUCUACAGAGCAGCGUACUUCGGGGUUUAUGACACUGCCAAGGGUAUGUUGCCUGAUCCAAAGAAUGUGCAUAUUAUAGUGAGCUGGAUGAUUGCCCAGUCUGUCACUGCAGUAGCAGGGCUGGUUUCUUAUCCUUUUGAUACUGUGCGACGUAGGAUGAUGAUGCAGUCUGGCCGAAAGGGAGCUGAUAUUAUGUACACGGGCACACUUGAUUGCUGGAGGAAGAUAGCUAAAGAUGAAGGAGGCAAAGCAUUCUUCAAAGGUGCCUGGUCGAAUGUUUUGAGAGGCAUGGGUGGAGCUUUUGUAUUGGUACUUUAUGAUGAAAUCAAGAAAUAUGUCUAAAGCAACAUAAUGUAGUUCAAUUGUUCUCAACCAACUUUUUUUUUAUCUAAACAUGCUGUUGUGAUGUGAUGGACAACAAAAUAUUUCCUAGGGAAACAGAAUAAAAUGUGAGUAACAUACCUAUUUUAGGAUGCAUUAACUUAAAAAUUGUCCACUACAUCACAGUUGCACUUUAUAUGAGAAGUCCUCCAACACUUGUAUUGGAACCUGUAUAUAGUGUAAUUAAAACUUAAGGUAAUUUUGUCUAGAGAUGAGACUUGGGUGAUCUACACCUACAUUAAAAUGCAAUGUGAUCUCUUAAUAGGUAUUUCAGAAUAUCUCAUUCUAUUAUUGUGAUCUCCCUACCCAGCAGUGUGAUGACACAACAUGAAGUAAAAUCAUGUUUUCUAAAGAUUUAUUUUUUGAGAUGAAAAUUGUGUGAAAGUAUAAACUAUACCAAAGCAGCAGGCUGAGUUCUUUACUACAGCCUCUUC